CUUUCUUUCUGCAAUUAAACUAGCAGUAAUAAAUAAAUCAGUCAUGAGAAAUAUAUUAUUUCAGUUUCUGAAACCAUUUUUUCUUCUCACCAGUACAUUCACAAUUACUUGUCUCUUCAUCGUCUACUUCCAACCAUCACCAUCAUUACCUUCAUCGUCACCAUCGUCAUCAUCUCCCUUGAAGAUUCAACAAGAAAAUACCACGACUGCUAUGGCUCGAAGCUUUGUUUUAUGGCUUCAUGGAUUAGGUGAUUCAGGCCCUGCGAAUGAACCCAUCAGAUCAUUCUUUACUUCUCCUGAAUUCAGAAAUACUAAGUGGUUGUUUCCUUCUGCUUCUCCAAAUCCUGUUUCCUGUAACAAUGGUGCUGUGAUGCCAUCUUGGUUUGACAUCCAUGAGAUACCAAUCAGUGCUACAUCUCCAAAAGAUGAUAGUGGAGUGCUAAAAGCAGUUCAAAAAGUGCACGCAAUUAUAGAUAGGGAGGUUGCUGCUGGCACAAAUUCUGAAAACAUAUUCAUUUGUGGAUUUAGCCAAGGGGGUGCUUUGACUUUAGCUAGUGUAUUACUGUACCCAAAAACUCUAGGUGGAGGUGCUGUCUUCAGUGGAUGGGUACCUUUUGGUUCAUCUGUCGUUGAACGCUUCUCACCAAGUGCGAAGAAGACACCUAUUCUAUGGUCCCAUGGUCUCGCCGAUGGAACAGUGUUAUUCGAAGCUGGACAAGCUGGCCCUCCAUUCCUUGAACAAAAUGGCAUAAGCUGCGAAUUUAAGGCUUACCCUGGUCUUGGCCAUUCAAUUAGCAAUGACGAGCUGCAAUCCUUGGAAUCAUGGAUCAAAACAAAACCAAGGAGUUCUUCGUGAAAUCUUGUUUCACAAUGAUAUUAAAGUUUCUGAUACCCUUUUAUAGCUUUUUAAGUAUUAUUCGGAUUAUAUCCUAUCCAUCCUUCUAGGAUGAUUCAUGCCACUCAAUUAUUCGAGUUUACCAGUGAGCGUGCACAUUGUGACACAUACAUGAUAAUGUUAAAAAUCGAACAUAUUAUUUGUAACAGCUAUGAACAAGAGAUUGGGCAAUGAAAAUUUGGAUUUGAGGUAGUA